GUGCGCGUCGCACUAGCACGGGAGGCAUCCCUGGCGCGGCCCCGUCCGUUGGAGCCUGGAAGCCGCAAGGGGAAGCAGAUUGCGGCGUGCCGGCGUUCCCCACCACCGCAUCCUAUUCAUUCGCAGCCCAACCCAGAAAAUGGGCAGGCAACCCAUCGGCGAGUGCGCUUCGACACACCACUACUGAUCCAGGGAGAGCAGAGAGGGAGGGAGAGGCUCCUCGCUUCUCUGAGAAAGACGAGAGGGGAGGGAGGCCACGCCCGCGCCCGCACACGAUGGCGUCCGGCGUGUCGGCGAGUAUGGCGCUCACGCUGGCGGGGUUCUGCUUCAGCGUCAUCUUCAUCGUCUUCGUCUGCUCCCGGCUCGCGUGCGCCCUCCUCCGCCGCCGGCGCGCCCGUUCUCGCCGCUCCCCCGCCCUCCCCCAGUACUCCGUCGCCAGCUACGCCUUCGCUCUCCAUGCCGCCCGCUCGGCCGCGGGCGUCGGCGGCGGGGGGCUCCAUCCUGCAGCAGUCGCCGCCUUCCCCACCCGCGCCUUCGCCGCUGCCCCCCGCGGCUCCGGCGCCUCCGACUCCUCCGACGCCGACUCCCAGUGCGUCGUCUGUCUUGCAGAAUACAGAGAGAAAGAUGUGCUACGCACUCUUCCUUCAUGCGGUCAUAAUUUCCACAUGGCCUGUAUAGAUAUGUGGCUGGAGCAGAACUCAACCUGCCCAGUCUGUAGAAUCUCAUUACGUGAUAACCCUGAUCGCACACACGCUGCGCCUCCUCCUGUCCCCAGUGUAGUGAUAAGCCCUCCAUCUUCUCCACAAGCGUCAAGAUCAGAUCCAUGCCACUGCCUGUUUGUCAGCACUGGGCAUUCAUCAAGGGCAUCGGAGGUUCUUAGACAUGAACCCGACCAGGAGAAUCAGGUAGCGUCUCGUCCAUCAGUGGAUGGGGCAAACAACUUGCCACUGUCCGAAGUGAACUCCCCUCGUGAAAAUAGCAGCCAAACAGUAAGAAAGCAGGUGGAGAGAUCUACCCAGCUUGGACCCUGCAAAUAGCUGCUUGGAGCUUCUUUUGUGCAGUCUGCGUGGCCUGUUAUUACCUGCAGAGUGAAAAACAUCUACACAGGUGGAUGGCUGUCAUAGUUUAGACUUGAGAGGUUUGUUGUAAAUAUGAGAAAUCAUUCAGAUUUCUUGGUGGGAGAGAAACACACUUUAUUUUUUAGACUCAGCCGCCGAUUGUGGUAUCCCACAGAGAGAUUAUUGUUACAGCAACAUCACAUUUGCGAAAUGCUAGUACCUGUUGUUGCCAUCAGCAAACAGGAUGAAGGGUA